AUGGCUUCCCUCUUUCGUGAUACGACAUUUGGUGCAAUAGUUCGAUGGACAACCAAGCGCAAUUAUCUCAAAUAUCCCGAGGAGCUAUCAUCAUUCCAUUGUCCACACUUGUAUAUGAAUGCCGGUUCGGCAGAGACAGAGACAACAGAGUCACAUGGUCUUGAGGCCGCCAAUCAAUCCGAAGAGGACCUCAGAACUCAUGGACGGACUCAUUCAGUUGCACCACCAUCUGUAGAUACCUCUACACAAUCGUCAGAGGGAAGCGAUCUUGAUGACCAAAGUCUUUCCAAAAUUGUUUCUCGACCACAACUGUCUCAAGUCGGGACGUUAGCCAGUCUGCAAGAGGCAUAUACAGCAGCAACACUCCAGGAAAACGUGAGAUCGCAUCCUGCUGCAAUUCAUCCAAAGAAAACAGAAACUGGAAUCACUUUGGUUGAUUGGUAUUCGACGGAUGAUGAAGAAAAUCCCCAAAAUUGGUCAUCCAAAAAGAAGUUGUUUGUGGUUCUCCAGAUCUAUCUUUACACUCUUGCUGUCUAUAUCGGAUCUGCCAUCAUAACGCCAUCUCAGCCCUAUAUCGAGGCUCAAUUCGGCGUAAAGCCAGAAGUUGCUUCAAUGGGACUUUCUCUCUAUGUUCUUGGCUAUGGCAUCGGACCUUUAGUCUUCUCACCCCUCUCCGAGAUUCCAGCCAUCGGACGCAAUCCACCGUAUAUUAUUACGUUUGGCAUCUUCAUUGCGAUUUCGGCUGGCACUGCGGUGGUCAACAACUUUCCUGCAUUAAUCGUCUUGCGCUUUCUGCAGGGAUUCUUCGGCUCUCCUUGUUUAGCGACUGGUGGAGCAUCUUUUGGUGAUAUUUACAACCUCGUUAAGCUACCAUACGCGCUCACAGGCUGGGCUGCAUUCGCAACUGCUGGCCCAGCUAUUGGACCAAUAUUAUCUGGCUUCUCUGUUCCGGCCACAAACUGGCAUUGGUCAUUAUGGAUAAUUCUUUGGCUUGCUAGCCCUGUCUUUGUUCUCAUGUUCUUUUUCCUGCCAGAGACAUCCACACCGACUAUUCUUCUGCGGCGUGCCCAGCGUCUCCGCAGGCUCACCAAGAAGAAUAACUUACAAUCUCAAUCCGAAAUUGACCAAGCCAAACUCACUGUUAAUGAAGUUGUCAUACAAAGUCUCUGGAGGCCUCUCCAAAUCAAUUUAUUUGACCCUUCCGUACUUUUCACAAGCUUGUAUAUCGGUCUCAUGUAUGGCAUCUUCUAUUCUUUCUUCGAAGUCUUUCCAUUUGUAUAUGCGACAGGCCUCCCAGGCCGCGCCUCUCCAACAAACGGUUAUGGCAUGAACGCUGGCGAAAUCGGUUUAAUAUUCCUAUCCAUCACUGUUGGCGUAUCUAUCUCUAUUGUCUGCUACGUUGCAUAUCUCAAAUUCGUCUUUGAGCCUGAGAUUAAGACGCAGGGCCUUGGGGAGCCAGAGCGGCGACUAAUAUGUGGCCUUCCUGCGAGCUUUCUUGUCCCAAUGGGCCUUUUUGUUUUUGGGUGGACAGGGAAUUCCAGUCCGAAAAUCCCCUGGAUUGUUCCUACUAUCGGUGUCACGAUAUUCGUGCGCCAGUUUGUUUGCGGCAAAUGA